CAUGAGGGGGAUUACUACGCCUCGCACAAGGGCUUCUGCAGACUCGUCGAGAAGUUACGCAGCCUGAUGGAGAUGGAGGCUGUCCAGAUCAGCGAGGCCGACUGGACGACACCCCGAACGCCUUUGAGACGCUGGGGGAUCCUCAACACGCGCCCGUACAUGCGCGCCAAGCUGGGGGUGAUCCGCGCGCUGUCCGUGAUGGACUCGCGCCCGGCCAUUGAGGCGGCGCUGGCCGAAGCUAAGGACUCCCUGCGCCUGUGCCGCAGCGACAACGUCGGCAUUCGCUAUCAGGUGCCGACGCUCAUGCUGCUGCUAGGCCAGUACCAGGAGGCCUACGACUUCAUCAAGUGGCACGCGAAGGUCUACCAGGACUCGCACUACGACUGGGGCAACAUGGAGCUGCCGUACCUGGACAUCCACGGCGCCGACAUGGCCGAAGAGAAGAUGCCGGUGGAAUACGGCGACGUCUUCUUCACGAGCGCCAUUGUGUACAUCAAGAUGACGCUGGCCAAGGCCGUCCGAGACGCCAUUGUGGCACACGAGCUGGCGGAUCGCGCAUCGCUUCCGGCGGCUUUGGGGGCGUUCCUGGCGCCGACCGGAACUGCGAGCAGCCUCACAGAUCUCAAGAAGCUCUACAGGAAGCUCACGAGACAGGCGCAAAAGGCUUUCGCGCUCACGCACACGCAGAACAAGCAUUUCUGGGGCGCGAUGUUGGACCCAUUCCCUCUUAUUGAAGCGCCUGACCCGCCCUGCCACGGAUUUGGUGAUGUGAACCAAGUCAAGAUCUGGGUAGAGCAGAACGACUUGUUGUGGUGCGACCACCACGAGUUUAUCCGUGAACACCUUGGCAAACUAGCCUGA